UCAAACAUUUCUAAAAUUCAUUGUGGAGAUAAACUUUGAUCGCCUUCGUGACUUUAGAUUAAGUUCAACAUGAGGACUGUUCUAAUGGUUGCGGAGAAGCCCUCGAUAGCUAAUUCAAUCGCAGGGAUUCUUUCCAAGGGAAACAUGACCUCAAGGAAGGCUUUCAAUGGUGCGUGUUCAGUUCACGAGUACAAUGGUAUGUUUAGGAAUGAAAUGGCGAAGUUCAAGGUGACGUCCGUUUGUGGUCAUGUUAUGAGCUUAGAUUUCCAUCGAAUGUACAAUAACUGGGAUGCAGUCGACCCUCUUGAGCUCUUUCACGCCGAUACUCUGAAAAAAGAGGCAACAGAAAAACUACAUAUGCCUAAGUUCUUGCACCAAGAAGCCAAAGGCGUCGAUUAUUUGGUUCUCUGGUUAGAUUGUGAUAAAGAAGGCGAAAAUAUCUGCUUUGAAGUCAUUGACUGUGUGUCGUCVGCCAUGAAUAAAAAAGGUGGCGAACAGGUUAUCUAUAGAGCUAAGUUCUCCGCAAUCACUGAAAAAGAUAUUUUUAGUGCAAUGCAAAAACUCGGAUAUCCGAACAAGAACGAAUCUCUGUCUGUAGAUGCGAGGCAAGAAUUGGAUUUAAGAAUUGGAUGCGCAUUCACAAGAUUUCAGACGAAGUAUUUUCAAGGAAAAUAUGGCGAUUUGGACAGUGCUUUGAUAUCAUAUGGGCCAUGCCAGACCCCAACUCUUGGAUUUUGUGUCGAAAGGCAUGACUGCAUCCAGUCUUUCAAGCCUGAACCCUACUGGGUAAUUAAGGCAAAAGUACAACAUGAUAGUGGUAGAAUAUACCCACUAGACUGGUGCAGACUAAGACUAUUUGACAAAGAUGUUGCAUUAAUGUUUCAGAAUAUGAUUAAAGAAAGCCAUACUGCAAAAGUUGUAGGAAUAACACAAACUCAGAAAGCAAAGAGUAGACCACAGGCUCUUAACACUGUUGAGCUUCUACGUACUGCUUCAUCAGGAUUAGGCAUUGGUCCUCAACAUGCUAUGCAGGUAGCUGAGAGGUUAUACAUACAGGGAUAUAUAAGUUAUCCUAGAACUGAAACAACACAUUACCCUGAUAACUUUGAUUUGAAAGGUACCUUGAAACAGUUGGCAAGAAACCCAAACUGGGGUAAUUACAUUGAUGAGCUGUUAAAYGGAAAGAUGACAAAGCCAAAAAAAGGUCAUGAUGCUGGUGAUCAYCCUCCAAUCACACCAAUGAGGAAUGCAACACAGGCUGAGCUAAGUGGUGAUGCAUGGAGAUUGUAUGAUUUCAUUUCACGWCACUUUAUUGGUACUGUCAGUCCUGACUCCAAGUACCUACAAACCACUGUCAACUUUGUUAUUGGCAAGGAAUGCUUUAGCUGCUCAGGUAAAACCGUUACUGACCCUGGUUACACUACUGUAAUGAGCUGGCAAGCAGUAUCCAGCGAUGCACAAUUACCACCAUUUGUCAAGGGUGAUGUCUGUGAAAUCUCUGAAAUCAAGCUUGAGGAUCAUCAAACUUCCCCUCCUGACUACUUGACAGAGAGUGAGCUUAUAUCAUUGAUGGAGAAGCAUGGCAUUGGUACGGAUGCUAGUAUACCAGUUCACAUUAACAACAUCUGUGAGAGAAACUAUGUACAGGUUCAGAGUGGAAGAAAGCUGGUGCCCACUUCUCUAGGGAUUGUCCUAGUUCAUGGGUAUCAGAAAAUUGACCCAGAACUAGUGUUACCAACAAUGAGAUCUGGAGUAGAGACACAGCUGAAUUUGAUUGCUCAAGGCAAGGCUGACUUCCAGGCUGUAYUAAAACACAGUAUUGAUAUCUUCAGCAAGAAGUAUGGGUUCUUUGUUGCAACAAUCACAAGUAUGGAUGAACUAUUUGAGGUGUCUUUCACACCUUUGGCCAAAACAGGAAAGCCACUGUCAAGAUGCGGCAAGUGUAAUCGUUUCAUGAAGUACAUUCAAGCAAAGCCAAGUCGUCUGCAUUGUGCGACGUGUGAUGACACCUACAGYCUUCCACAAAAUGGUAGCAUUAAGCUUUACAAAGAGCUGAAAUGCCCUCUAGAUGAUUACGAGCUUGUCUUGUGGUCAACUGGUUCCAAGGGAAAGAGCACUCCCGUUUGUCCUUAUUGCUACAAUCAUCCACCAUUUCCAGAAAUGCGCAAAGGUAUGGGCUGCAACCAUUGCACACAYCCAACAUGUGCACACUCUCAAGAGGCUCUUGGUGUAGCAGAUUGUACAGAAUGUGACAAAGGAAGCCUUGUUUUGGAUCCUACUUCAGCUCCAAAGUGGAGAAUAGCAUGCAAUAGCUGCAAUAUGUUGAUUCAUAUCUGUGACGGUGCAUUUAGAAUCUCUGUUGCUGAUACAGAGUGCUCAUGUGGUUCAGCUCUUCUUGAUGUUGACUUUAACAAAGCUAACAGUCCAUUACCAGGCAACAAAACUCAGCAUCAAGGAUGUAUAUUUUGUGACUCUGUGCUAACUCCUCUUGUUUCCAUGCAGCAUGCAGCAUCGAAACAUCCCAUGUACCGUGGGGGGAGGGGCAGGGCAGUAAGAGGAAAAGGCAGGGGUCGUAGACGUGGGAGGGGAAGGGGACAACCUAAAGACAAAAUGUCACAGCUUGCUGCAUAUUUUGUUUAGUGGAAGUACAUGUAAGGUUAUUAAAUAUGUCAUAUGCAUGUCAGCAAUCAGUGCUGUUGUGAUAUACAUGUCAGCAAUCAGUGCUGUAGUGAUAUGCAUGUCAGCAAUCAGUGCUGUUGUGAUAUACAUGUCAGCAAUCAGUGCUGUUGUGAUGUGCAUGUCAGCAAUCAGUGCUGUUGUGAUAUGGCUGUUGCUAACCUGAUAUGGUGUAUAGAUGGAUGUUUUUGUUUUGUUUUGCCUUUGAAUUAUUAUAUAUUUUUUUUAUGGUGCCUACAUAAUGUCUAUAUACUACCUGUAUGUAUUUUGCCUAUCCACUAAGCUAAAUAAACACAUUUAGCUUGUUUAAAGAUUUUAAGAUAAAUAUUACAUUAAUUAUAUAUGUGAUAUCAAAGAGGCAAGAUUUUGCUGUAAUACUGUCUGAUGAGUGCGURGCACGA